UUUAGGCGGUCUAAUCCGCAAUUGACGCUACCGACUUCGGAGUUCUUUUUCUAGCCAGGUCGCUGGUUAGGGAAUGACUGACCUCGAUCUUUACAGCGAAAUUGUAGCUGAAGAUGAUGAAAAAAGACUGGAAUAUCUGUGCAGUUUAGACGUGGUAUCAAAGUUUUCAUGAAAUUUGUGCUACUGAUUUUUAUAAAUUUUUCCUACUGUUGAUUUGAUUCGCUAUAUCUAGUUUUCAGGCAACAAGACGUCGCAAGCAUCAGUUCCACUAUCAAGUUUACUUCAAUAUCAGGGGACAGCUUGCUUUGGCUGUUCUCAUGGUCAACGUAAAAUUAGAGAUUGUUUUACAUUUGAAAAAUUUAUUAUUGAGAUACGACUGUCUUGAUGAAAAACCAGAAAUAUUUUAGGAUAGUUUGUCGAAAAUAGUUUGAUAUCUUCGUGAUUUACAAGUAAGGCACAUUUUGUGUGGCAAGGAACGUGUAGGCAGUUAUCAAGUUAGUCCUUAGAUCAUACCUAAGUAAAUGAUUUCAAAUAGUUGUGGACGGAAUAGAAGAAGCUUUCGCUUAACAGGCUUCCGUGUCUAGUAGCAAGGGAUCACCAAUACCUCCAGGCAGGAACACAGGUAUAUUAACUAUAAUAGAUUAGGAAAAAAAGAAAUUGGUAACUCAUAAUAAGGUAAUAUCCUUAGUCCUUAACAACAGGUCAAGUUUCCUCUUCAAGGACUCCUGGAAAUUCGCUUGGAAUAGUUCAUUCGGCUGCGAAUUCCAGCAUUAGACAACUCUUAAGGAGUAGAAGUUGUGUCUGCAGUCCAUUCUGCUGUGUUGUAUCUCCAAUUUCUGGGUAUUACCCCAUAGGCUUGUAUUGGAACUAAGCUUAAUUAGGUGUUUAAGGGGAUGCUAAGAAGUGUUAAGGAUACUGUAAGCCAUCAGAAGGUCGCUUCUAAUACUCCUAUACUCUAAUGGGUAAAGGUUAAGUGAUUGCAGGUGCUCUUAAUAAGGUUUGAAUUUGAGUCCCCGAACUAAUUACGUGGCUCGCCGUUGGAUAGGCUCCAGAGUGUCCUUAUCCUUACGGAGGAGGGGGGAGGAGAAAUACUCUGUAUCCGUAUUAUAAAUGGGGACGAAUAAAACUUAAAGAUUAUGUGGAAAGUUCCUCCGUCAAACUGGCCAAAAAUGCGCUUCAAUGUUACCAGUGCAAGGUUUGCUCGAAAGGCAUUUUUUUCACAGCUAGCGUAAGACUUCAAAUCCUAGGGUGCCAGGACUCCUAAAUGUUCUUCGACUCGGGAUAGUACUAGAGAGGAGUUUCUUAAGUUGUAACUGUAGUCUGAGACUUAUUGCAGAUUGACUACUUUACACUUUCAAGUGAGUCCGCUGUUAUCUUCCCAACUUUGAAGUCGAGUCAGAUCCUGCUGAAGUGCCUGUAUAUCGUCUUGUUUGCGUAUCUCUCUCUCAAAAGUUUCACGUCAUUCGCAAAAAGUAAUAAGCCAGACGAUACCUGUUGUGGAAGAUCAUUUAUGUAGAUCAAGAAGAGAAGAGAUCCUAGUGCUGAACCCUGGGGGACUCCACCAGAACAUUCCAUAGCCUAAAAAAAACUGAAGUUAACCUUGACCUUAAGAUGUCGAUUUUUCAGAUAUGAAGUGAGCCAAUCAAUUAAUUAUAUGGUCAACCCUAUCAAAAGCUUUUGAGAAAUCAAGGUAAAUGAUGUCAACCCUCCCCUUGCGAUCAAGGAUGCUUGCCCAUCUGUCCACCGCAGUUAGCAGUUUGGUUAUACAAGAGUAACCCUUCCUGAAACCAUGCUUUUGGGGUGAGAAGAAAUUUAAGGACAGUAAAUAGUCAGGGACUCCAUAAUUUUUGAAGGAAAAUAUUCGGAAUUUGUCAUAGUUGUUGUUAUGGCUUUGGUUAUUUAGUUUUCUUGUUACAGGCUAAGAACUUGAAGUUGAUGUCGUCUUUCUUUCUUAAAGCCCGAACAUGUACGUUCUCUCCAAUCCCAAUCUUCAUUAUUGGAAGCGGAAGUUGAGGCACUGAAUGCACACGUCAGUCGUCUGGAAAAAGAACGCUUGGUUUUAAUUGCUAAAAAAGAUCAAAUUACAGACAACUUCUUCCGCUUGGGACUUGCUUGUCGCAGAGAGAUAGAGAAGCUAAAGUCACAAAUCAAAUUACUUUGCACCAAUUUCAUGCUUCGACCGUAAAAUAUGAUAUCUGACGUGGCUUAGCGGUUUCGCUCGAGUUUUAAGUCUAUCUAUAUUUUGGCUCUUCGUACAAACUAUUCAGAGAAACCAUCCUAACUUCCUCAAUUUACAGAUCAUAGAUAUAGGGUUCCGGAGCCAAAAGCUGUUAGUCAAAAGAAUUUGAAUUGUGAUACCCAAAUAAACCCCGAGAAGCAGAAUUACUACACGGAUCUAGUAGCAUAUUUACAUUCUGAUCGUCCACCUAUCAAUAUAUACUCUGGUAACAAUGUGCCGAAUAGAAAUCUUAAUGUUGUUUCAAAGUGCGAUGCAGUUACACAGACUGAACGUGUUAAAAAAUAUAAUUCACAUUCAUCUGGGUCUUCUUUCGGCUCACAGUCAUCACGUUCAGUGUCUUCUAGCUCAUCAUCAUCAUCUACGUCAUCUUCCAGUUCUACUAGUCAGGACCAACCUACGUCUCAAACUGGUUUAAUGAAUAAUGGACUCUCACAUAGCUUUCUAGACCCAUCUGUAGAUGGUAAAUCGUUACUAUCACAUUCACUGUCUGUAGUUGAUGUGAGUGGAAAGAAUCUAGAGAAUUGUGGAUGCCGUGACUCAGUUAAACAUGCAGUGUAUGAGAAAUCCUGUGAACUCAAGCAAAAUAGUACUUUAUCUGGAAGUUCACGUGUCAAUAAACGGCUAAAUCGCUCUAAUAAGAAAUACGGAGAUAAAAGUAUACCAGCUUAUAAUGCGGAUAAACAACUUCCUAUUGCUGAUGAAUGUAGGCACAAAUAUACUAAAACAAUUCAUGGGCAGUUGUUUUCUAAAUCUCAUUGCUUUCAUCAAAGGAAACAAAAAGAUGAUGAAGUUGCAAGUAAUCCCGGAAGAAAAACAGACACAUCAUCAGAAAGCAGAAUUUUAUCGAUGCGAGGAGUUAGACAAUUUUCAUCGCCAUUAAACAAUAGUAUAAACAAACACUCUUCUGUUCGAAGUUCUACUUCAAAGGACUUUAGAAUGGUUCAACAUGUUUCUCCUUCCUUACCUAGACUCACUCAAAGUCAGACUAAUGAAUCUUGUACUGGUCCAGAUUCAUCUUGCAGAGGUCAUGUUCCGAAUCAUCUCCUGAAAGCUGUAGAAGGCGCCAUACGAUUAUCUCGAGAUCAUCAUGCAGUUCGCAGACAACAUAAUGCAGCCAAUUCUAUCCACCGUGAUCGAUAUUCAAAACAUCUACACUGUAACUAUCAAACUCAUACUGAAAUAUCCCGUUUGGAAAGUGGUGAUUGCUCAAGCGAACCCGAAAAACGAACUAGGGAAGCUAGUUGUACACUGUACACCAGACGUCUACGUUGUAAAGGUGACAGUACAAAUAUGAUCGUCGAGUCAACCUCUCGAGAACCGAAUGAUUCAGGUCACAAACCAGAUAAAGAAAGUGAUCAGUUAACUUCUAAUGAGAAUUCUACACCUAAUGCUUUAAUUCCUGAUUCAUCAAACACUGUUGGUGAUAUUCACCUCCUUAAAGAUUAUUCGGCUCAGGAAAUCGUCCAUGACUCUAAUGAACAUGUAACAAACUCGAUCAACCCGUCUGAUCAAUCUUCAAAUCAGUUCUUGCCAAAAAACACUUCAUUCUCAUCUGUAGAAAACAAAAUUGGCGAAUUAAUUAUUCCAGAAGUUUUGGGACUUACUCCACCUAUUUCUCAUGAUCAGGACUGUGUUGAAGAUAAAACUGCUUCACCUCUCACAAGAAAAAUACCGACUCAACCAGAAGAUUCAUUUGCGCAUACUAGUAGCAAUAACAGCCGGUCGCUAUGUACAAGUUGCCAUUCACGUUCUAGAUCGGACCAUUCUUUAACGGAGUCAGACCACUCUGAAACCUGUGGGGGAGGAAUAGAAAACCAAGAAGAGGGUGAAGUUGCUGAUGACGUAGACGAUGACGAUGACACUGAGGUGUUCAAUUCUUCACCUUAUGCAGCUCGUACACGCAAAAGGUGUUGGUCUCGUCCAUCACCUACCAGUUGUAAAACUCCAAAAAUUUCCUCAGAUUUACAUGUUAUUGAGUCCACAAACGUUUCGAUCUCUAAAAAUCCAAAAAACAUUUCACCAUACCCAAAUAUUGAACAGCGGAGAUGGAGUAGAUGUUCACAACACUAUGAAAAAGAUGGUUCCAAGAACUCUAGUUCUGGUUUUAUGGAUUUGACUUUACGAGCAUCUCCUGGAUACGAAGACCAACACUCCUCCAAUCCAAAUACUUCAAGAUUUUCCCAUUCACCAGAAAGUCAUCGGAAUCAUGGGUCACAAUAUCCCUCAUCCAUUUCUAGAUCACCUUCAUUAAGAAAUUCUCGUAAUGAACAAUAUCGUCAUCAUCCUAAUCGGUCAUCUAACUCAGCUUCUAAAUAUCAUCCUUGUCAGCGUCAUUAUAAAUCCCCAGAAAGGAGUGCCCGAGAUUUCACCUCUGGAAAGCACAAUAAAUCAUCUGUUUCAUCAAAUCAGCCAAAAAGACGUACUCACCAUUCUCCAGUACCACCAAAUAAUCCUAAUUCUUCUUUCCGUCGAUUUGAACGUGAACGAAUAAAUCUUCAUAACAGACGGUUUCGCGCUUUAUCUCCGGUGAUAAAUAGAAAUGCUUAUAGAAGAAUCGGCAUUAAUUCAAUAAAAGUGUCUGGUCCACGUUUCAACCGUACUCAUCACCAAAGAAGAUUUUAACCAUAUAUGCAAAUUAUUGUACAGCUUCAAAUCUCACGUCCCUUUUAGAGAAGGAAUCGAAGAACAAAUAUAUUAGCUAUUUUUCCUUUGGAAGUUAUUCUGUCUGUAUUUCCUUAUUUUUGUUAGCUUCUAAUUUUUGGUUGCCUACCAUGUCCUCAGUAAAAAUAAAAGUUUAUAUUAAGCGGU